GAUCGCUUUGCCCGCGUCGCAAGAGGGCGCCAGCUCCUGCAAUCGAGCUUUUGCGGCAUCAACCUCGGCUACUACAUCUUCACACAGCAGCAAGCGAGGAUGGCGCUCGAGUACUGGCGUGACGUCAGAGCAGUGAUCACUCGAGCAAAGUACCGACUGCAGCUCGAGGAUGCUCUGCGAAGCGCGCACGAAGUUGAGGUUCAACACCUCGGGCUCGCGCUGCAGCAUAUUGGGCACGUUCGCAUCAGGCAGCAGCGCGCUGAGCUUCCUUGCGUUAUUGAAGACCACGUCAGGCUUGGUGAACUGCUCGUCGACGCGGCCUAAUUUGACGAGCCAGCGAAUGUCGACAUCUCUCACCUUGUGCCGCUCGGUCUCGGCCAUGUCGUUCCAAGACCUCCAAAACGCGACCAUCUCGUUCUCCCAGAGCUCGCAGAAACCCAGGUCAGUGUCACACAUCUCCUCCAGGUCCUGUGUAUCGCUCGUGUCGUCCAUGAUCGCUCGGGGCACGACCGGUCGUCGGUCGCGCUGACGUGUACCCUUCACGAACGAGCCGGACGAUUCCAGGAGCGGCCUCCCGCGGUUGAUCAGGGUCAUCGCAUCGCGGCGAGGAACACAUGGCAGGCCUGUGAGACGCACAGCGCCUCCCGUGAGAACGCUCCGGACUUGAAGCUGCAUCUCGUCUCCGUUACGACACGGGGCUGAGACGCGGUUCAAGCAGGGGAAAUAUCUGGUAUUUGGCACUUGAUGGGCCUCGACGUCGGUGGGGACCCAGCGGUGCGUCAGUCGCUUGAGUCCAACGAUACGCGUUCCUCGAACACGUUCGUACCCACGGGACGCGCGAUCCCGGUCCUUUCGGUACCAACCCGGCCGUCGCGCGUCGUGCUCUGCCGCCAAAGAGCCGGCGUCGCUUCAAAUAUUCGCGGGAAAAACAAAUCUUCGGCGAAAAUCUGCCUGGCCGCGGGCUUCACUUUCACAACCCCUCCUGUGCAACUCACACUUUCAACCCGCGCGAGCGUGAUGGCCCCGUUCCGUAAACCGAGGGCGCAGUCAUCGGCGGUGUGCCUGCUUCUAGGAGCCGUGGCCGCGGUCCUUGGAAUCAUUGGCCUGGCAGCGCAUCACACACACCAGCAGGCCGCUUCGCACCACGACGUGAUCCAUCAUUUUCACUCGUCCUCGAGUCGCCUCGACGUCGGUAGCGACACGCCGGUGAAGCUUGGGGGCGGUAACCGCGCGGGUCACGUAUCGCAGCAUCCGAAGGCUGAUAGAUUUCGUUCCCACGUUCGCGCGAGGGUCGACGCGCACAAAAACGCGGACGGCGAUAACCUCGACGACCUCCGCAGCGCAGAUGAGACAAUACGAUCGUCAAUCCCUGUGAAGACGAUUCGCGAGGAUGCCACAUCUCACUCGGUCUCGAUCGCUGACCAGUGCGGUGAAUCUCACGCCAACACCGAGUAUUGGGGCGAUGUCGUCGAGGAGGGUACUGUUGGGUUGAUCAGAACCCCCGAGGAGUGCUGCAGGAGGUGCGCGGGGACAACGGGUUGCAACGUUUGGGUACACUGCGGAGACGAUGAGUCGUGCCACGGCUCAUGCUGGCUGAAACGAACGGACGAUCCGAACGCGCCUACGGUGCACGCCAGCGGUGCGAACGUGCCGUGGACCAGCGGCACGGUGCUGAAAGACUUCGACCCAACGCCGGGCAAGGGCGCGUCUUUGGGUGCUUCGGAAGCCUUCGUCGCGCUCGUCACCCCGGCGGGACGCAUCAGGAUUCGGCUGAAGCCCGAGUGGCAUCAACCUUCAUCCGAGCACGUCGCCCGAUUGGCAGAUGAGAAUGCGUGCAAAGGAUCGUGCCAUUUAUACAGGACGGAGCCCGGUUUCUUGCUGCAGGGAACUCUGAGGUCAUUCAAGGUUGCGGCGAACAAGGACUUGAAGAAGGGACCUAAGUUGAUGGAAAGGGGAGAUAUCGGGUGGGCAGGCGAGGGUCCAGGCCCCGACUUCUUCAUUUAUCUCGGGGAAAAGCCGGCAGAUUGGCUGGGAUAUGGCCACACCGUGUGGGGAGUGAUUGCGGACGAGGAGAGCCUGGCGACUGUGGAGAAGAUCGUCGCCAUGCCGUCGCAUACGCCUGGAGGCCCAAACACCAUGCGGUUCCUCAAGGAGAAGAUGUACUUCGACAUCGCCCGGGAUUAGUCACGCGACCUUAGGUUCGCUGAUAGCUCGCCAUAGGCACGAAAUUUGUUUUGCGUGCGAGCUUUCGAUGCCUCGUGCGACAAAAGGUACCUUCGUACGAGUCUAAUCUUAGUUUUAGCUGGAACUUUUCUUCAUGCGAUGUUUUCCGAUAAGGUG